AAAAUUCCCUUUUAUGCUGAAAUGGUCCUGUAUGCUGGGAAUUAGGGUUCUUUAUUCCCGCCAUUUUUUUUUUUAAAUCGGUAACUGUAAAAAUAUUCUUUCAAAUCAGCUUGUGACCGGUUUCCCUGAGCUCAACCAAUGACACAGACUGUCAACACGCUAUCUAUAGGUAUAUUUUAAAAACUUCUAAAUGUCUACAAAUUUUAACUUUUAAAUUGUUACUGCUUGUAAAUUGAAGAAUUCUAAUCUGUUUCUUUUAGAACCCCUUUUUCUUAAAAAAAAAAUAGUUCACCCAAAAAUAAAAAUUGUGGCUUGAUUACCCUCAUGUAAUUUUUUCAUUUUCAUUAUUGGAUCAAGGUCUUUUGACUCUAGAACUUGUGUGUUGGAGCUAACAUCUGCAGAACAGUUCUCCAGAAGCAGGGUAGAAGACCCAUACCAUAGAAGAUCCAUUCUGGGUUCCCUAAAGAAUCUUUCAGUAUAAAGUUCUUGUAAAAAGAACAGUUUUUUUUGUUAAAUGUUCAUGGAAUCAUGGAAGUCAAUAAAGAACCUUUAUUUUUAAGAGUGUAUCCCCAGAGUUGUUUUUGCUAAAUACAUAUAUGAAUGAACCCUGAUUCCAUAAUAUUUAUGAGGAGGACGCAUCUGCAAAAUCAGUACAUAACUAUCAAAACCAAACAUACACACCUUGGAGUUACGUGCAUCUGUCAGCUUUGCAAAUGCCAUUCAUCAUUUUCAGAAUGGCUUAGUUGGAAAAAUCAGAUCCUGUGAGGUGUGUCAAAGCCUGUUGACUGAUGUCUAAGCUUGCCUGGAGGGCACUUGUAAACACAGAAUACACCUUUGCUUAUAGGCAGCUGGCUCACGUGACACAUCCACAGAUUGCCUUUAAAAACCCCUCUCGCCCUCUCCGAGACUUACAGAUCUGAUCUAGAAGGUGUGAGGAGAAGAUUUCAACAUGUGGCUGUUUGGCAAAGCUAACUGUUUAUAGUUCACACUGGACCCAAGAACUCUUAUCUCUCAUACCAAAGCUAAGAUUUACAUUUCGCAGAGGAUAAAAGUCGACAACAAUGAGUCUGGGCAGCACCAGUACAGAAUCUGAAAUUACAUACCAUUAGUUCAAGAAUAUUACUGUGACAAUGAUAGACGACUGUAGCAGCGAAAGCCCUUCGAAGAAUCGUUCAGAGCGCUCGGUGUCAUCCAGCCUCAGUGACACAGAGGGCUUCAAAGCAGCUAAGAGGCGUACUCGACCUAAGCGGUCCAAAGCACGGAGAGCCGCUGCCAAUAUUCGAGAGAGGAAGCGCAUCCUGGACUACAACCAGGCCUUCAAUGCCUUGCGCACUGUCCUCAAACAUGACCUUAGCGGAAAGCGUCUAUCCAAGAUCGCCACUCUCCGCCGUGCCAUCCACCGCAUUUCAACACUGUCUUUAUAUCUGCGGACACAUUCAGACACUGAACCACACACACCUCGGUGUACCCAAACGGAGUGUUACCGGCAGCCAGAAGAGAAUGUUUCUCUGCCCAGGAAGACAGGAACUUUCCAGGAACCGAUGGAGAACUACAUUCCCCAUCAGCCAGAGCCUCUCACAGUUUCUCCAGAGAUACCUGGGAUUUUGUACCAGGACAUAUCAAACUCUGUACCAUCUUCUCACUACAGCCACUGUGCAACAAACAGCCAGGUACACGUAAGCCAUGGAUGCUACAGUCACCACUGGGAGGAGCAAAGCAGUGAUUACUACAGUGGAGGAUCUGGAUAUCAACAUGGGACAAGGGUCACCUGCCAUCAGAAUCAUAUGGACACUUAUGCAGACUCUGCUAACCCAUCUUUGGCUUGGCAGCUGGGUUACCUUCAAUAUCAUGGAUACCAGCAAUCCCUGAGUAUGCACUGACUAAAUUUUCUCAUGCUAGAGUUACGUUGAAAAGCAUUAGCAAAUUGUAAAUAUAAUAAUGUUUAGAUCCAUUUCUCAGAUUAAAACAUAUACUGUAUAUUACAGCAAAUGCCUUCUGUAAGUGUUUGUUUAUUGUACAUUUUCGAUAUUUUUAGUACUUAAUUAUUCAUACCAUUUUUUUUCAUAUGCACAAAUCCCCAAAUAAAGCAGCUUAUUAUAAUCCUGACUCAAAAAGUAUAAAUAUCUUUUAAAUGUAAUGCAGUUUAUGUACUCAUUCUACCAGAUAUAACAUUAAGUGCAAUCAAAUUAAUUUUGAUUUAACCAUUAUAACACCGAAUAAGAUUCACAUUAUUUUUUAUAGUGAUACCUGACCCUGAUCCUUAUUAAUGUGGAAGUCUGUACCUGCUUCAUAGUAAGUGGUCACAAUUUAAACUUUUUUUUUCCCUCAUUGCAGUUUUAUUUCUCCCAGUUAAACCUUUAAAUCUCACAAUUUGAGCAUGUACAGUUUGUUGUAAUAUGACUUUAAAUCUUGCUAUGUGUCUUUACAUCUUGCAAUUGCAGCUUUGUAUCUUCCUUCUUCAUUUCCAAUCAUUUUGGCUUUUAUAUUUCACAGUGUUAUUUGACAAUUUAUUGUUUUUAUAACCUGAUUUAUUUUUUACUUUGAGUAGCAGUUAUUGCUUAUGAGUUAUAAUUCUUGCAAAGCUUUGCCUGCAUGUCAGUAUGGAUGUCAUUAUUUUCACACUUUGCUGUUAAACAGUGGCCACAGUCAAUAAAAAAAAACAGCAAGUCUUGUAUCUAUGUAACAAACAAUACAGAUGCAAAUAAAUUUGUAGCCUAAUAUAAUUGAG